CAAUGGCGUCAUUUGGAGCGACCCGGGCAAGAGCACUUCCCCGGCACAACCAGGGGAGACACACGGGCGACCCGGAAGGCCUUCCCGCGACACUCCAAAGCGGGGGUGAAGGGGACCGAUGGCGGAGGGAGCGGCGGAGGCCCCAGCAGAGAGUGGUGGUGGUGGUGGUGGUGGCAAUUCCGGAGCCGGCGAGCCAGAACGAGGGGUGGCGCCCAUUAAACCUCAAUACCUCACCACCAAGGAGCAAUUCCACGAAUUCUUGGAAGCCGAAGGACGGGAGGAGCCCAGCCAGGAAACCAAGGCAGGGGACCCUGAUGACAGUGACCUGGUUGAGCCUGAGGCCAAGCGUAUCCGACUGGAGGAUGGGCAGACAAAGGACGGGCAGACAGAGGAGGCAGCCGAGCAGAGGGAGCAGCCGCAGGCUCAGAAGAGGGCCCGGGGCCAGAACAAGAGCCGGCCUCAUAUGAAGCCCACCCACUAUGACAAGAACAGGCUCUGUCCCUCCCUGGUCCAGGAAUCAGCCUCUAAAUGUUUCUAUGGUGAUCGCUGCCGCUUCCUGCAUGAUGUGAGCCUCUACCUGGAGACCAAGCCGGCUGACCUGGGACCCCGCUGUGUGCUCUUUGAGACCUUUGGCAGGUGCCCUUAUGGCGUGACCUGCCGCUUUGCUGGGGCGCAUCUGGGGCCCGAGGGCCAGAAUCUGGUGCAGGAGGGGUUGGUCCAGGCCCCAAACAUCCGCAACGGCCUGGACAAGGCCCUGCAGCAGCAACUGCGAAAGCGCAAGGUCUGCUUUGAGCGUUCGGAGCAGGCCCUGCGCCAACUAAGCAAGGGCCGGCUGCCAGGCCCUACCCCCACCGCUGCUGAGCCUGAGGUCACGGAGGCUGAUGGUGCCCCAGAGCAAGAUGGCUGUGAUGCCCAGCAGACCUCCUAUGGGCCACAACAGGCCCCUCCCAGUGGCCCUUUAAGGACAUGCGGGCCCCUGACAGAUGAGGAUGUAGUCAGGUUGCGGCCCUGUGAGAAGCGGUGGCUGGACAUCAGUGGGAAAUUGUACCUGGCCCCCCUCACCACGUGCGGGAACCUACCCUUUCGGCGGAUCUGUAAGCGCUUUGGGGCUGAUGUGACAUGCGGGGAGAUGGCCGUGUGCACCAACCUGCUGCAGGGCCAGACGUCCGAGUGGGCCCUGCUCAAACGCCACCCCUGUGAGGACGUCUUUGGUGUCCAGCUUGAGGGCGCCUUCCCCGACACCAUGACCAAGUGUGCAGAGCUGCUGAAUCGCACCAUCGAGGUGGAUUUCGUGGACAUCAACGUUGGCUGCCCCAUUGAUCUCGUAUACAAGAAGGGCGGGGGCUGUGCCCUCAUGAACCGCUCGGCCAAGUUCCAGCAGAUCGUCCGAGGCAUGAACCAGGUGCUGGACGUGCCCCUGACCGUGAAGAUCCGCACAGGCGUCCAGGAGCGUGUGAAUCUGGCCCACCGGCUGCUACCUGAGCUGCGGGACUGGGGGGCGGCUCUAGUCACGCUCCAUGGCCGCUCUCGGGAGCAGCGCUACACCAAGCUGGCCGACUGGCAGUACAUCGAGCAGUGCGUGACAGCAGCCAGCCCCAUGCCCCUCUUCGGAAACGGGGACAUCUUGUCUUAUGAGGAUGCCAACCGAGCCAUGAAGACCGGUGUCGCUGGGAUCAUGAUUGCCCGCGGUGCCCUGCUGAAGCCGUGGCUCUUCACGGAGAUCAAGGAGCAGCGGCACUGGGACAUCUCGUCCUCUGAGCGCCUGGACAUCCUGAGGGACUUCACACACUACGGCCUCGAGCAUUGGGGCUCAGACACGCAGGGUGUGGAGAAGACACGCCGCUUCCUGCUCGAGUGGCUCUCCUUCCUGUGCAGGUAUGUGCCUGUGGGCCUGCUGGAGCGGCUCCCACAGAGAAUCAACGAGCGGCCGCCCUACUACAUGGGCCGCGACUACCUGGAGACGCUCAUGUCCAGCCAGAAGGCAGCCGACUGGAUCCGCAUCAGUGAGAUGCUGCUGGGACCCGUGCCACCCACCUUCGUUUUCCUGCCCAAGCACAAGGCCAAUGCCUACAAGUAGCCACGGGGGUGGGAGGGGGCGCCUGACCGCCCAGUGGCUCCCCCCACGACCUUCCUGGCACCUGAGAAGACAAUAAAUUUUAUUCUCGUAAAA